AUGUGUCUGCAGGAAGAUGAGGAGGAGACAGUUGAGGGAAAAGAUGUGAGGGGGAACGAUAGAGCUGAGUCUCAGACAGUGGCUGAUGAACAGAAGAAGGAUGUUGAUGAGGAGAGAGAAGGGAGGGGGAAGGAAGGAGGAGAGGGAGGAAAAGGAACGGCAGAAGGGGGAGAGGGAGAAGAGAGGAGGGGGCAAGAGGGAGAGGGAGAAGAAAGAAUGGCAGGAGGAGGAGAAGGAGAGAUGAGCAGUAAGGAAGGAGAAGGCAGUGAGCAGAGGAAGAGAGCAGGAAAUGAAAUUGAGGAGGAGGAAGCAGUUCCAGAGACUGUCUCGUCCGUUGAACCGACAGAGACCAAACCUUCAGAGGAUAUUAGUGGAGGAGAGAAAGAUAAGUCUAAGUCUGAAGAGAAGGUCGAGGGAGAGACUAGCACAGUUGAAAGCAGUGAAGAUCAACAGAGAGACCGAGAGAGAGACCGAGAGAGUGACCGAGAGAGUGACCGAGCACCGAAGGCAGAGACCACAUCGAGAGCAGAGGGUGAUGGAGGAGGAGGAGGAGGAGGAGGAGGGUGGGGUGGGGAGGAUGGGGUGACGGCAGCUAUAUCGACAGUGGAAGAUGCCCUUGGUCUUCCAGCUCCCCAGCAACUGGCUAAAACGGGGGAUGGGCAGGGAGAGGAGGGAGAGAGGGAGAAAGAGGAGGGAGGCGAAGGAAAAGAGGAAGAAGGUGGAAAAGAGGAAGAAGGUGGAAAGAGGAGAGCAGAGGAGUUAAAACCCUAG